AUGUGGUCUGAUGGAUCAAUCGUACAGACUGGAGAGGCCAAAUGGUUGACAGGGCAGCCUGAUAAUAACGGCGGCACAGAACACUGUGUCAAUGCUGAUGGUAUUGGCUGGAAUGAUGACCGAUGUGACGUUAAGUUUAAGUUCGUAUGCCAAUGGCAAUAUGCUAUUACUCCAGUACAUACAGAUAUAAAUGUGGAAGAAGGUUCAGUCGGAGGAGAUGCACAGGCUCUUUGUAAUGGAAAACCUACUCCGCUUGGAGGAUGUUCUGAGGUAAACCCUACAGAUACAAUAUAUUAUAGAGGAGGAGGAAGUAGAAAUCAAGGAGGAGGAACCUGUGUAUCACCAGGACUAUGUGCAGACUGCAAGGACGGAUUUUACGCAAAUUGGGCACUUUGUACAACGGUAAUGAUGAUGAAAAACGUAUAUUAUUUGCUGUUAUGGCUCCUGUACAUAACUAUAGUUUUCUGUGGACAAACAAGUUAUGCCGGCUGUUGUGCUGGGUAUUCAGACAUAACUCCAGAUUGCAGAUAUCCUCUUUGUAAUGGAAAACCUACUCCGCUUGGAGGAUGUUCUGAGGUAAACCCUACAUAUACAAUAUAUUAUAGAGGAGGAGGAAGUAGAAAUCAAGGAGGAGGAACUUGUGUAUCACCAGGACUAUGUGCAGACUGCAAGGACGGAUUUUACGCAAAUUGGGCACUUUGUACAAUUUGUCCUCAGAUAACUAACUGUAACCACAGAAGAUGUACCAACCCUGGAGAUAACUACUGUGAAUGGUGUCAAUACGAGAUAAAAGAUAAACAGUACUGGAGGGCAUAUACAAAACACAAGGAUGGUCAUAUGAAGGAGUGUAGAAAAACAUGUUCAUGGAGAUCAGAUAGUACACGUUGUUACCCAGGUAACUGUACGGAUGAAGUCACACAGUCAUGUGUCUGUACAGAUGGUUUUGGAGGAAACCAUUGUGACACAAUUACAGAGGAGACAUCCGUGCUAUAUGCAGAAAUAAAACUUCACACUUCAAAGAACGAAAUUUUAACCACGCCCAAAGACCCAAAUGAUCCGGGAAGUGAACCAACUAAAUGGACAAAUAACAAAAAUUUUGGGGAAGCCGAGAUAGAAAUCCGCGCCAAGUAUGUUGCUUCUGGAUAUUCGACAACCGGUACACCACCACCACAACCUGACCGAACUGGAGAUAAGCAUUACAUCACAGACUUUAAUCAUGGGAUAAUAUAUGGGUUGAUUACAGUUGACUAUAUCAGAGGAAAUCCAGACGCAAACAAUACCUUUUUACAAUUUAGUUGUCCAGGCAACGAAAAUUCUCCAAUAAAUGUCAACUAUGAUUGCUCAAGACUGAGACACAACAAAAGUCAGGUUAUAUUGCCAACGUUUCAUCACAGUGACCAAUUAGUAUUCUCUAUAGUGGUGAGAAACGGUGGGUUCCUUAAAUACAUGAAUAGGGAGACGGAUACAGAAAUAAGAUCAUCUUUAAUUGGUCUUACAUCGACAAGAAAAUACAUUAUACAAUGGGACUAUAUUCAACCAUACCAUACUUGCUUAAAUACAUUUGGUGUCAACUGUACCAUACCUCCUCUAGAGUUACAAGAUGCUACUAAUGCAUCAAUAGUAUCAAUAACAUGGAGACAAUGGUCUGAUGAUUUAGCUGGAAUAGAAUACUAUCAGUAUGAGCUUUACGAAUUACAGUAUGAUGGUACUUCCUUGACAGAAAAUAACUUCAUCUUCGAGUCUGAUAGAAUUCCGCAUACUCAUUCACAGUCUGAGUUUAAUGUGACAACACCUGGAAUGUAUUCCAUUAUCUUUACGGUAUUUGACAAAGCUGGCAACCACAAAUCCACUAGAUCUGUUUUCUUGUUUGACGACGAAUCAGUGGUGGAAACAACACCAGGGACACGCAUCAUAGUGACGGAAAGUACGGUUAAUACCAAUUAUACAUGGGUAGUUCAAAACAUGACACAUUUACAUGUGAGCUGGACGGGAAGAUUUACGAAUGAAAGGCACCAUGUUCGACAUUGGCUUGAACAACUGGCCUCAAACAAGCAUGUAGAUAAAUUGUAUGAUGAUAAUUUCGGUGUGAGGAAGGUUGAUUGGUUCACUAAUGUCCUAGGUGUUGUGAAGUUUGACGUUAAUUAUACUGUAACCGGACCAGACGUUACAUCAUUUCUUGAGUACAAAAAUGUUGAAGACAUUUUACAAGAAUUAGAAGAACUAGAAGUUAUCUGGGAAGAUGGACAGAAACUUGAUAUUUCUGUAAAAGCUACUGACAUAGUAUGGGAAUAUAUAGAGGAAAGCAUUACUGUUUAUAAGGAUACAUCACAACCAAUAAUAGAAAACCUUUGGUUGUCACGUGAUAGUAAAGAAGAACUGUAUGUACAUCACAUUGAAGACUUUUCCAAAAUGACGAUUGAGUGGGAUACGUUUGACUACCAUAGUGGUAUUGAUAGCGUUCACUGGAGGCUGUAUGACAAUUUUACAGGAUCAGACAUAUUACAUGGACAAUCACAUUUGAUUGCACAAGGACAAACCGAGAAUAUAACAGCAUGUGAGUUGAAGUAUGGAGAUUCUCCACGUGGUUCCGAUUGUUAUUGUACACUUUAUCACGGAUGCUUCCAUCGACAUUUUCAUGUUCAACCAAAGAUCGUGAAUAGUUCUGGGCUUACGCCUGGUAAGGACAAUGGCGUCCAUGAUUCGGACUAUUUCAUUACAGUCACAGUUAUCAACAAGGCAAUGCUGAAAACAGUUUUAACCAAAAAGAUAACGAUAGACACAUCAGCUCCACAACCAGGAAAUGUUCAUGAUGGUCUGCCUGAUAACCCAGAGCUUGACUAUCAACAAAAUCUACAACUACAUGUAUAUUGGAAUGGAUUCUUUGAUCCUGAAAGUGGUGUCAAAUACUACAAAUAUGUCUUCUCUGAUCAUUGUUGGGAACGGAAGGACUUAAUAAAUGCAUCAAUAGGAACUGAAACCUUCAACACGUUUGCUAGUUUCACUGCCUCAAAAGAGGGUAAAUAUUUCGUGAGCGUUGUUGCUUUCAAUAGAGCAAACGAUGCAUCUUCACUGGUGUGUUCUGAUGGCGUUACAAUUUCUUCGUCAGUACCAUAUGUAGUAGAUAUGGUUGUAAAAGAUUUAAGAACAGUACCUAGACUUAUUGAAGAUAAAAACAAUACUAUUUGGUACCUAGAUGGAUCGCUUACAAAGCAUGCAGUCAACAAUAGUAAAAAUUUAUGCAGUUCCUCUUCUAGUCUUGUUGAUGACAUUGGUAUUUAUCCAAAGUCGAUGAUAGUGGCAAUCGAUUGUGAAUCAUUGGCGGACCCGUCAUCUUUAUUUUUAUCUAUAUUGCCGAGGACAUCACAGCUAGUUAUGAGCUGGAAGUCUGGAACUGGUGAUGAUCUAGUAUAUGAUUAUGAUGUCGGCCUUUCAACAACAGAGAGCAGUGCAGCUCCGGAUAUAGUAUCGUUCCGUUCUACAAAACACCAUAACCACAUCAGAUUUAAUAAUCCUGAUCUUGAUGAAGGAAAAUUAUUUUAUGUAAUAAUAAAGUCUAUAAGUAAGGCAGGCGUUGAGGGAAUUCAGAAUAUUGGACCGAUCAUCAUUGAUGCAUCAUCUCCUAGAGUUAACAGCGGUCAAAUAGACGUUCAGCUAGAAAAUGACGUUUUGGUUGCUAAUUGGUCUGGAAUAUUAUUUGUCGAUGAAGAAGAUCCAUAUCCAAUGACAUAUGAAUACGCAAUAGGUAGUUUCAAAUAUGGAACGGAUAUCUUAGAUUUUAGUCCACUGUGGUUCAAGAAAAGCUGUCACAAGACAAAACCACCGACAUGUACGGCUAUUGAAACUAAAGAACUACCUUGGUCCCUACAUGCUGACCGGGAAUAUUAUAUCACAAUAAAAGUAACAAAUCUAGCGGGAUUGACAGCUACCCACACAUCAGAUCCUUACAAGCAUUAUACGCAGCUGCCAGUGCCAGGUGUUGUGUUUGAUGUUGAUAAAGCAUCAAUAACAGAUAAGCUAAAAGAGACACGUGAUAUAGACUUUACAGACGUUGCUGAUUCAUUAUCAUUAGCUUGGAGAGGAUUUUAUCAUCCACAUCUACUUUUACAAUAUAAACUGUGUGUCGGUACCAUUCCAGAAAGCUGUGAUAUUGCUGAGACAAAUAUUGUAGAUGCAUCUUUAACGAGUUACACAUUUAACAAUCUGUUGUUGAAAAAAUCUGAGACUUACUAUGCAAGUGUUGAAGCAAUAUCAAUAAAGGGAUCUGUAGUCGUAUCAUCAGAUGGAGUUACUGUUCUUGAUACACCAACACAGCUCUUAGGAAUCAUCGUUAGUGAUGGAGUCAAUUGUUCAGACAAAUUAACUCUCCAAAAUAGUCAUCACAUAGUGAAUCCAGUUCCUCAAUGUGAUGAAGAUAUCGACUUCCAGUCUUCGACAACAAUGUUGGAAGGCUAUUGGAGUUUUCGAUCGACAUCAAAUACGUUUUUACAAAAUGCAUACUGGGGUGUAGAUGAGAAGUCUCCAGUCGGAGAUUACUGGACUGAAUAUCUAGAUUUUAAUUACAUUGGAAACCAUCAUAGAAUGAGAAUCGGAAAUUUGAAUCUAGAACCAGGUCUGACUUACAGAAUAAAAGUGAAGCUUUGUGGUGAUGAUAUAUGUUUUCCAGUCCUAUACAGCAAUGGAGUAACUAUCUUACCUAAUAAACCAGUAGCAGGUGGACUAUCGGUAACGUUAGAGACACAUAAGCUGAGUGUGAUAUGUGCAAGAAUGUACGAUCCUGAUCUUGAAGAUACACAAGAGGCUUUUGAUGCAAUUGAAAAAUACGAGUGGACUUUGAUAGAUGGCAAUUCUGGUGGAAUGUAUGUUAAAUGGCAAAACGUCAAUAACAGUAAAAUUAUCAAUGCCACACAUUUCAGUUUUGAGAUUCAACUAUCAGAUGACAUCAGUUUGUAUAAAUGUAAAAGGAUAUCUGUGAAAGGUACAAACAAGGUUGGAAUAGCAUCAGAAGUGUCUACAGAUAUCAAACUGUGUGAUGUUAAUGAUGGACCACGACAAAUUCACCCAAAGCUUGUUCUAGAUGCUCGUGGCGAAAGGGAUACAUCUUCAGCAGCAGAAACCCAAGGAAUGAGUAUUCACCCGGAGACAAAUACAGAAUGGGAGUUUCCUGAUAUAGAUUAUACACCAUAUAACAAUAUCAUAUCUGCUGUGUGGCCAACACUUCGCCAUGGAUUGUAUACAUGGGGUUUAAUACAAGUGAGGGACAAUUAUGCUGACCGAUAUUAUAAAUCUUUCACUGAUAUGGCUAUCAAAGAUCCUUGUUCACAUCCUGAUGGUUUAUCGUGUGGAAUGACAGAUAAGCAGUAUGUUAAUGUUAUUUUCAACAAAACAGAUAGUUUACACCAUGGUCAUCGUUAUAGUGUGUGCAUUCAUGCCAACAAGUCUGAAAUUAAGUAUGAAAAAUGGACAGAAACGCUUGAGGAGGUUUAUGAUUGUAGCGAUGGAGUUACAGUUGACCUUACAUCACCAUCUCCCGGACAAGUAUGGGUCGGAAACAAUCCAAACUCAAAUUACCAGACAUCAUCGUCAGACAUAUCUAUCACUUGGGAUUCUUUUAUAGAUGUUGAGGAACAUGAUAAAGCAAUGCACUCAACCGGUAUAUCAAAAUACGUUGUAUCUGUUGGUUCAACAGAAAAGGGAAAAGAUGUGAUUGACAGUGUAAAUGUAGGAAUAACAAACCAUGUUUCAUUCCAUGGACUUAACUUACAAAAUGGACACAACUACUUUGUUAAACUAACGGGUUUUGACUUAUUGAAUAGAAGUACAACAGUUUAUGGAAGUCCUAUAACAGUUGAUAUAACACCACCUGACACUACUGGUAAAUCUAUAACAGUUGACGGGAGACAUAUGAUAAAUGCAAGUGAGAUAAAUGCCUGUUGGACUGGUGUAUUUGAGGAUUCUGAAAGUGGAAUAGAUUACUAUGAAUGGGCUGUUGGAUCAAAAGCUGGACAGGAUGAUGUCAUGUCAUUUUACUUUUCUUCACAAGAUUGCGCAUCAUCUGCAGAAGACAACACGCUUGACCUUGAUAAUGGUCAUUCUUAUUUUAUAUCUGUAAAGAGUUUCAAUAAAGCUGGUUUAAUGACUCUAGCGUCCUCUUGGGCGUACAUUUUUGAUAUGUCAGCUCCUGUAUCAGGACACGUUUGCGAUGGCAAUAAAGAUACCAGUCCCUUAGAUAUCGAUUAUCAAACAGAUAUGUCUUCAAUCAGCGUACACUGGGAAGGUUUUCAUGAUCCCCACACAGCCAUCAAGAAUUACUUUGUACACAUAGGAACGUGUGCUGGAUGUAGCAAUGUUAUGGAGCAACAGUAUAUUGGAGCUCAUAGUGAGUUCACGUUAUCACAUAUCCAUCUUAUAUCUGGAGAAGCAUAUUUUUCAACUGUAACUGCAUGUAAUACAGCUAACUUGUGCUCAUCUGUGACGUCUGAUGGUGUUAUUAUUGACAAUAGUCCUCCUACAGUUGGAAUAGUACAGGAUGGAACAACAGAUGAUGAUAUAGAAUAUCAAUCAGUCAGAAAUGUUAUAAGUGCAAAAUGGUUUGGCUUCACAGAUGCUCAAUCUGGUAUAGAUCAUUUUGUGGUCAGAGCUGGGUCAAGUCCUGGUACAAGCGAUAUACUCAAACCAACAAAGUUACCACUAACAGAUAUAUUUCUUAGGACGGACAUUCAGUUGCCCUUGGAAAAAAGAAUUUAUAUAACUAUCAGAGCAUAUAACAAAGUCGGACUGUUUUCCGAAGCAACUUCGAAUGGUUUCCAGAUAGACAUGUCAGGUCCAGUGAUUAUACAACGUCCGUCUCUGUCACACGAUCUAGGAUCAGCAAUAGAUGGUUCAGUUCAAGUUCGGUCAACAAUGAGAAUAAAAUGGAACGUAGAAGAUGAGCAAUCAUUUAUUGAACGACAAUAUUUGUCAAUGGGUACCCAUAUUGGUGGGGAAUUUAACAUGACAUCAACUCAGUUGAAUGGUAUUACAACUGAAUAUACAUUGACUGGUUUAGAAUUGCAUGAUGGUGGCAUAUAUAUUAUUAAACUCAUUGUAUGCAAUGGCGCAAAAAUAUGUGUUGAAACAGAUUCUGACAAUAUAUUGGUAGAUACAUCGCCACCAGUAGCUGGCAUGUUUGCUAUUAGUACCUACCACGCAGCUGAAUUAGAGCGUCAUACGGCUGACUGGAUGACUUGGUCUGAUUACAGAAUUAAUAUGUCGUGGCUAGGAUUUUCGGAUAUCCACUCAGAAAUAAGUAGUUACCAUGUUUCUGUGGGCAGCGAGUUUAUGGCCAAUGAUUUAAACAAGGUACCAGGAACUCCGAUUAUGUUUACACAUAAUGCAUCUGGUAUUCAGUAUAAAGAUGAAGGUCCACUACAGUACUUCACGGUUUCAACGCAAAAACUUACAAACUUUGCGGAUAUAUUUGUUAGCGCUUGGGCUGUAAACCAGGUUGGUUUGUGGAGUAGAAUGAUUCACAGUCAGUUCCAGUUAAUACCAGGCGGGUUUUUAGAUCUCAUUAGGCGAUGUUCGGCGCAUACAUGUAUUGGACAUUGUGUUUGUUCCCCAAGAAACUCUCACUGUGCAUUAAACGGAGACGCCUGUAAUGAUAUAUCAAAAGUAAAUAUUAACACUCUGCUGGAGGUGAUUGAUAUUACGGAUUUAACAUCGACCACACAGACCAAGUUCACACCAAGUAAUACCAACCUUGCUGCUAAAUGGAAAAUAUCCAAAAAUCAAAGAUUACAACCACAGUGGUAUGAAUGGAGUGUAGGUUUAGCUUCAAUGGAAUUACCAGAAGGUGUUAUUAAUAGCUUCACUGAUCCCGUAUGGCACCAUGUUGGACGUAGUAUGGAAUCUGUUUACUCUCUUCCAAGAGGCAAACAUCUAAAAGAAACAGUAUCCUACUCAGUAUUUGUUCGGGUUUGGUAUGAUGAAAACACAUAUGCAAUAUUUAAGUCUCCAGGAAUUACUGUAUUAUCAAAACAAGUUCCAGUAAAUGACCUCCAAGGAUCAGCAGUUGUGGAGAAAGUGCCAGGAUUUUGGAAGAAUGAAGUAGAUUUUAUCAAAGCAGGGACACUAUUUACGGUUUCCUGGGAAAACGUGUUUCUUUCCAUUCCGAAUAGCAUUGAACAGUUUAAUCUUUAUCUCAGCAGUUUUCCCGGAGGAAGUGACCUGUAUAUUGUGGAUGUAAAUAUACCACCGUCUUCAGUCGCCUUCAAUAUCAGUCGAUUAAUGAUGAAACCUGGAGUACGUUACUACAGCAAUAUUGUUGUGUCAACUUUGUCUGGCCUAAGAACUACAGUAUCAUCUGAUGGGAUAACAGUAGACAUGGCUGCCCCUGUUACCGGUAUAGUGUAUGAUGGGAUAGGUCUACAUGAUAACGCUUACCAAAACAAAUCUGACAUUGUGUCUGCAAACUGGCAUGGCUUCCUUGAUACCGAAAGUGGAUUAAGCAAAUACCAUUGGUGUGUUGGAACAGAACAAUCAGAUGAUCAUUGCAACGUACUAUCAUGGAAAAAUGUUGGAAUGCAUACAUAUGUGUCUAAACAACUGACAACAGAAAUUGGAAAUGGUAAGACUAUGUACAGUAAAGUGUAUGCAGUCGACAGUGUUGGUCACAUGUCACCUAUCAUAGUAUCAAGUGGAGUUACCGUAGAUACAACACCUCCUGUACCUGUUACAUUCAAUCAUUCAUCGAACAAUCUAGUACAAAAUCCAUCCUUUGAAGAAACAAAUGGAUGUUUUCUUGAUUUUUCAAACAUUUCAUCCAAGCUGCUUUGUACAGCUGAUGCUUGUUUAAAUCCUACAUCAUGGCUGGUUAACCAGGAAGACUGUAUAGUAGUUAUCCGAUCGGAUGUAGACACAGCUUCUGAUGGUCGAUCAUUUUGCUUUGUGCAUGGAACUAUAAAACAGAACAUAUCCGGUUUGAUACCAGGGGAAGUAUAUAGAUUAACAUUUGUGACUGCUCAUUCUCCAAUAUCAGAUUCUUCAGUUCAAAACAUAGAGGGAGUAGUCAAUUUCGGAGAUAUUCAACAUAUAUUUCUUAUCUUCACUAAAGAACAAACACAUGGCGUUAUAUCUCCAGGAAUGAUUUGGCACAAACAUUCGUUUUAUUUCAAAGCCAAAUCAGAGAUUGUUGAAGCUGUUUUAGGGAGUUUAGAUAAAAACACUGGUCUUCUUAUAGAUGAUGUAGUUAUAGAACAAGUUCUUCCUCUAGAUAGUGGUAUUAAGGUUCAUGUUACUACGGUUGUAUUACAUGAGUGGUCAUCUAUUCAUGCUUCUUGGUUAUUUGAAGAUACAGAGAGCCCAAUAGUGCAAUAUUUAUGGGCAGUUGGUUAUACAGACGGGAGUACAGAAAUUCAGGGUUUUACAAGCGUUGGCGUCAACACGUUUGGGUUUAACUACAACGUUACUCUCGUACACUCCACAACGAUAUACGUUACCGUGAUUGCAAUUAAUGCUGCGGGACUCUCAACAAAACUACACUCCCUUGAUGUCCUAGUUGAUCUUACACCACCAGAAAUAGCUUACGUUAAUGAUGGCACAGGGUCCGAUAUUGAUGGACAGGUUUCACAUACGAUAUCAGCUAAUUGGAAUGUUGUUGAUGAGGAAUCCGGCAUUGAAUAUUGUGAAUGGGCUGCUGGUUUACAACAAUUUGGAAAUGAGGUAUUCGAAUUUACAAAGACUGCUGAUGUGUUGAAAGCAACAUCAACGAUGGACAGAGAUAAAGUUUUUAAUAAAAAGAUCUACCUUACCAUUCGCUGUCGAAAUAUGGCAGGAUUAUAUACUACAGCUUGUUCUGAUGGAAUUGUUAUAUCUGAUCAAUCUCCUUCCCAUCUCAAUGCUGAACUGGAGAUUCUACCACAGUCUAUCACUGAAUAUCAAUCUAGCAAUGAUCACCAAGCCAGUAAAACAUCUGUUAAAAUGAAAUGGUCUGGAUUUUCUGAUCCGUUUGGAAUAAUGUCGUUUAUUGUGAAAUUUGACGGAAUGGAUACCGAUAUAACGACCACAAUUAUAAACGUUAACAAAGGUAUAUCAUAUCUUUCACUGUUUGGACUAAAACUAUCAAAUGAUAGGUACACGACCACUGUAAACGCUGUUAACACUAUGUACCUGCGCAGUACAGAUGUUACAACGAAUCUGACUAUUCAGAACUCUUCUCCAGGACUCACUGGUGCUGACGCUUCCGUAACAAGAAAAGGGGACAAAAUUACGGUUAACUGGAAGGAUUGCUUUUCAUAUCAAGGACGUAUGGUUUUUGAAAUUUCAAUAGGAACAACUAUAGGAGGAGCUGAUAUUAUCCAAUGGCAAGAAACUUUGAAUGAUUUUAUAGAAGUGGAAGUUCCAGAAAAAUUUAAAGAUGACAGUGAUGUCAAAUUAUUCUUUUACAUCCGGGCAAUUGGAGAGAGUGGAGAAAACACUGCACUUAAUGCAAACACUGUAUUAUAAAAUUGUUCAUAAUUAUGCAUUAUGAAAAAAAAAAAUACAAAUCCUCAAAAUCAAUAUUUCUUAACAAUACUUUAAUGUGCAUAUCUGAAACUAAAUAUUUUUUUUGUGUGAUGAAUUUAACGCUUUGAUAAUACGUGAAGUUCAUCUGUUUAUUUUUUAUUUUUUAAAACUAAAAAUUAUAUAGAAU